AUGAUUAUGCUUAUGGCUGUACAAGACGAAAACUUUGACGAAGAGGAAAAUGUGCGUAAAGAAUUUAACCAAAGUUUAUCGCAUGUUAGAAUAGUGCUGUUACAGAUUGCAAGGGAGGAACCCAGUACGGAUUCUAAAUUUGUCGCGGGUGUUGGCACUGGUAGGCAAGUAAUAGCAGUAGCUCGCACAGCUGAUUUAGUUUUGAUGAUGCUAGAUGCAACAAAAAAGGAUGUACAUCGACAUUUACUAGAAAAGGAAUUGGAAAGUGUAGGGAUUAGAUUAAACAAAAAGAAACCAAAUAUUUAUUUUAAAGUAAAAAAGGGAGGUGGUAUAUCAUUUAAUUCAACUUGUCCAUUAACAAAAAUAGAUGAGAAAUUAGUCCAAAUGAUAUUACAUGAAUAUAAAAUUUUUAACGCUGAGGUUUUGUUUCGAGAAGAUUGUACUGCAGAUGAAUUGAUUGACGUUAUUUGUGCCAAUCGUGUAUAUCUCCCUUGCCUCUAUGUCUACAAUAAGAUUGACCAGAUUUCUAUUGAAGAAGUUGAUAGAAUUGCAAGGCAACCAAAUAGUGUGGUCGUGAGAUAUCACAGGGUGAUCAUAGCCAGCGUGACAGAACCUGUACCAAGCCGAGUAUUUUUUUUUGUUAAUUAAAAUUUUAGAAAUAGUUACUGAUAUU